CUGGCUGCCUGACCAUCCCACUUGCCACCAUGACGCCUAAGCAUUGCUUUCUAGCCUUCCUUAUCAGGUUCCUCCUGGCUGGCAGAGGAGAAACCCAGCCAGUCCAUGAUUCUCUGAAGCCCCAGAAGGUCCAAUUUCAGUCUCGAAAUUUUCGCAACGUUUUGCACUGGCAGCCUGGGAGGGCCCUUUCUGGCAACAGCAGUGUAUAUUUUGUGCAGUACAAAAUGUAUGGACAGAAACAAUGGGAAAAUAAAGAGGACUGUUGGGGGACCCAAGAACUCUUUUGUGACCUUACCAAUGAAACCUUAGAUCUGCAGGAGCCUUAUUAUGGGAGGGUGAAGACGACCUGGGCUGGAAAGUACUCAGAUUGGAGCUUGACGCCUCGCUUCACGCCCUGGUGGGAAAUGAAAAUAGAUCCUCCAGUCGUGAAUCUAACCCGUGUCAAUGGAUCUUUGUUGGUAGUUCUCCAUACUCCAGAUUUGCCAUAUAGAGACCUAAAAGGAAAAAACGUAUCUGCAGAAAAUUACUAUGACUUAGUAUACCGAGUUUUCACACUUAAUGAUUCACUAGAAAAGGAGAAAAAAGUAUAUGAAGGGGCUCACAGAGUUGUCAGAAUCGAAGCUCUCACACCUCGCUCCCGGUACUGCGUAGUGGCUGAAAUAUAUCAGCCCAUGUUAGACCGAAGCAGCCAGAGAAGUGCAAAGAGAUGUGUGGAAAUCCCAAGAAUUGAUAUGGACAGUUCUGCCAUACAGAAAUGA